AUGGAGGAUAGUGAGGAUGAUGAUGAUGAUGAUAGGCUGGAGGAGGAAGAGUAUAGGUUUUUCUUUAAAGUAUUUACAGAGGAUAGGGAGUUGAGGGAGUAUUACGAGAAGAAUUAUUAUAAUGGGGAAUUUAAUUGCUUAGUUUGCGGUGGUUUGGGGAAAAAGUUAGCUGGAAAGAAGUCUAAGGAUUGUGUUGCUCUUGUUCAGCAUUCGAUUUCAAUAGCCAAGACGAAGAAGAGGAGAGCUCAUAGGGCUUAUGGGCAGGUAAUUUGCAAGGUUCUUGGAUGGGACCUUGCUAGGCUUCCCACCAUUGUCUCAGCAUUGAGCGAAAAGCGUGAACUAUGUUUGCAUAAUUCAGGCCAGGGAGCUGCUGUGGUGAGAGGUGGUGGUGGGAGUGGGGCUGGUGGUGGAGUUGGGGGUGGAGCAGGUGGGAGAGUAGGAGGAGGGGCUGGUGAAGGCAUUGGUGGUGGUGCCGGAGGUGGAGCAGGUGGAGGCGUGGGAGGAGGGGCUGGAGGAGGCCUUGGCUGA